UGCCCUGGGCGUCCGAAACUUUGCGCGGAGAGUGGGCUUGAAUAAGCAGAGCCGAACAGGCUGGCUGAGCUGGGAAGGGACAGAGGAGCGGGAGGGGCAGAGGAGAGACCCUUUAGCACCCCAGGUCUCUAGCCUGGGUGCCAGAAAGGCGCGGGUGCAGCCGCAGGAGAGAGCUGUCCCUUCAGCACCACGAAUCUGCAAGCACAGGCGUUAGAAACCGCGAGGCGGGGCGACAGUCGGGGAGCUGUCCCUUCAGCACCACGGACCUUUGGCCUCCAAUGAAACCACCCGGCCCCCGCCCCAGGACUCUGUCUUUUCUCCAGUUUGAGCGGGGGUGUCGGGAGCAGGCGGAGAGCUUUCUUGGGAGGCUGGGGAAGCAGUGAACACUCUUUUCAGCGGCUCGCCUCCCAGCAGUGCUAUUUUUUGCCAUCCGCCCUCACCCCCAGCACACGCGCUCGCACACACACGCACACACACGCACGCACGCACACACACAGACCUCUCUGGAUUGCUUUGCCUUGAGUCUCCCGGGGCUGUGAGGAGCCAGGCGCAUCUCAAACCCAGCUGGCAGCUCCAAGCUCCGGAGCCAUGCCCUGCACGGACCUUCGUCCUUCCCAAGCUCCUGAGGAAUGAAAGGAACCCAGGGACCCUCUGAAGGCAGCAGUGAUGUGGACCAACCCCCCGGAGCCUGCACCCUUCCGAGGGCCAUAGGCGACCUGGGGAACUGGAGAGAGCGCCAGACAGGAAAUCCCAGCUUUCCCAAAGUCCCCGUGGAUGCUGGCAGAAGGAGAGCCGAAUUUUUGGAAGAGCCUGCCCUAGGUUACUCAGCUGCAGAGUGAUUUUCCCCUCUGGCACUGAAUCUCCCCUCCCACCCCCAGCCGCCCAGAGUACCAUGAAGAAUUAUGAGGAUGUGUGACAGAGGUAUCCAGAUGUUGAUCACCACUGUGGGAGCCUUCGCAGCUUUUAGCUUAAUGACCAUUGCAGUGGGCACGGACUACUGGUUAUAUUCCAGAGGUGUGUGCAGGACUAAAUCUACAAGUGAUAAUGAAACCAGCAGGAAGAAUGAAGAAGUAAUGACCCAUUCGGGGCUGUGGAGGACCUGCUGCCUGGAAGGGGCUUUCCGAGGUGUGUGCAAGAAAAUUGAUCACUUCCCUGAAGAUGCUGACUAUGAACAGGAUACGGCUGAGUAUCUCCUACGGGCUGUGAGGGCUUCCAGUGUCUUCCCCAUCCUCAGCGUCACACUGCUGUUCUUCGGCGGGCUCUGUGUGGCAGCCAGCGAGUUCCACCGCAGCAGACACAAUGUCAUUCUCAGCGCGGGCAUCUUUUUUGUCUCUGCAGGGUUAAGCAACAUCAUCGGCAUCAUAGUUUAUAUAUCAGCCAACGCUGGGGAUCCUGGGCAGCGUGAUUCCAAAAAAAGUUACUCCUAUGGCUGGUCCUUUUAUUUCGGAGCCUUCUCUUUCAUCAUUGCGGAGAUUGUAGGAGUGGUUGCCGUGCACAUCUACAUUGAAAAACAUCAGCAGUUACGUGCCAAAUCCCACUCGGAGUUCCUGAAGAAAUCUACUUUUGCUCGCCUCCCGCCCUACAGGUAUAGAUUCCGGAGGCGGUCAAGUUCUCGGUCCACGGAGCCCAGAUCCCGAGACCUGUCCCCCAUCAGCAAAGGCUUCCACACCAUCCCUUCCACUGACAUCUCCAUGUUCACCCUCUCCCGGGACCCCUCAAAGAUCACCAUGGGGACCCUCCUCAACUCUGACCGGGACCACGCUUUUCUACAGUUCCACAAUUCCACGCCCAAAGAGUUCAAAGAGUCGCUGCAUAAUAAUCCGGCCAACAGGCGCACCACGCCCGUCUGAACUGACCUCUGGCCUCUGCCCCACGCCCAGCACAGCCUUGGGGGAAGUGCACAGAGGUGUCUCUGAGGUUGCAUGGCAUGGUCCUCGUGAUGGUAUUACUUUUUACAAAGAAUGAAACCAAAUGGACUCAGCCCUCUCCCACAUUUGCCUGUCCAUCUCCAAGUCCCCAGCCCGCCCGCCCUCACUCACUUUUCAAGCCAAUCUUUAAGGUCAUUCCUCUCUCUGUAUCUGUGCCAGAUGUUUUCCUCUCUUCCUUCUUUACUGGAAGGACCUUCACAUUCUUCCCUCCUUGGAAGAGGACUUUACUAAAAGUCGUGGGUGGUGGCCAGAGGGGGGAUUUCUGAAUCCCCAUCAGGCACGUUCAUAGCUGUCCCCAUUGUCUACCCACACAGAUCCUCAGGAAACCAACCACCCAGGUGGCCCUGAGGGAGGCAUUCACCUUUCCGUGUUAGAAAAACAUGACCAGAAAUCAAAGAUGUCAGAGCCCCGAAGCAGCUACUGUAAUAAGCACUCAUGUUAUUAAAGGUUUUGCCUUGUCGUAACUAACC